AGAAUUCGACUUCUGGACGAGAUCUGCAAUCCAAGAUGGCGGCAAGACGGUCUUGAUUUAUUGACUUGUCAUAAAAAACAUCAAAAUCUCGUUUUAUUCAAUCGGAACCAACGAGAGACAAUCGCCAAAGCAUCAAGACACUGUUUGGAAGUCGCCAGAAAUUGAACUCGUCACCAUGCGUCGUGGGCGUGGCCCCGCCUCAGCCUCCAGCACAGCCUCCUCCAGCUCCGCCCUGUUUGGAGGGGAGUCGGCCACCUCGUCCCCCGCCCUGGAUACCCGCAUCCCGGACUUACUGAAGGAGCUACAUCAACUCAUACAGCAGACACAGGAGGAAAGGGCCCGCAGUGAGCACAACCUCACCAACAUUCAGAAAACACACGAGAGAAUCCAGUACGAACAGAAGGGCAAGUCCAAAGGUACAUCCACAGCCGUGUCUCCAUAUUUCAAGAGCAAGCUGAGAGGCUUAUACAGCACAGCUAAGGCUGACGCUGAAGUAGAGGCAGACCUGCUGAGAAAAUGCUUGGACAAGAUUGCUCAAAUCAAGGCCAUUCGGAAUGAGAGGAGAAUAGCUGCUAAGAGUGCAGGAAUCUUUAUGGAACAAGAACCACCAAGGAAAACCAUGCGGCGUGGUGUGCUGAUGACUCUACUGCAGCAGUCUGCUAUGACACUACCACUGUGGAUAGGCAAGCCUGGAGAGAGCCCCCCUCCCCUGUGUGGCGCGGUCCAGGCAGGGUCGGACUAUGUGGCUAAACCAGGAGACAAGGUGGCGGCGAGAGUGAAGGGGCCAGACGGGGACGAACAGUGGAUCCUAGCGGAAGUGGUCUCCUUUAAUACAGGCACUAACAAGUAUGAAGUGGACGACAUUGACAGUGAAGAAGGGAAAGAGAGACACACCCUGAGCCGUAGGAGAGUCAUCCCACUGCCCCAGUGGAAGGCAAAUCCUGAGACAGACCCAGAAGCACUCUUCCAUAAAGACACGUUGGUGCUAGCCUUGUACCCACAGACCACAUGUUUCUACAGAGCCCUGAUACAUGCGCCUCCCACAAGGCCACAGGAUGACUACUCAGUGCUGUUUGAGGACACCUCCUACGCUGACGGCUACUCCCCUCCCCUCACGGUGGCACAGCGAUACGUGGUGUCCUGUAAGGAAAGCAAGAAGAGAUAGUCCCUCCACUUGGACCUCAAAACAACCAGUGUAGUGUUCAUCCUAGUCUAGCUCCGGUUUUCUCCGGAGUUUGCUUUGCUUGCCAAAUACUGUAAAUUCAUUUACGUUCGCAGAUAUUUGACUUUGCGGUAGCAGGAAAAAUGACUUUUCGCGGUGGUUUAUAUUCGCGGUAGCACCAUGCACUGUAGCCUCUUACUGCCAUGGAAAAAUGUUUGUGGUGGUUUAAGUUUGCAUUGUGGUGGUUUUACGUUCGCAUUAAAGCAGACACCGCAAAAACCGUGACCAUUAACUUAAACCACCGCGAAAGUUUCUGCAUUUACAGUAGUUAGGCACCCGUUGAUAAAGAAACUAUUGGCAUUUUUGUAAAUAUUCACCAAAAAUGUCCUCAUAACAAGGUGGUAACACACAUAAUGAGACUCGAACGGGCGUUUGGAAGUUCGAUCCCCUUUACACUGCCUCUACAAAAUAUUCCAUCCCUGAAAUAAUGCAGUAGGUAAAGCUAAGAGCACAACCUGCUUUACGUGCAAUUUGUCCAUACUUUUUUUUUUAAGGCCACGUCCACCACGUAUUUCUGAAAAUGUUCAGACUGUACAGGGCAGGCUUGUUGCCUAUACGGGGGUGAAUCCGCGGCCCGAUGGCACACAAAGUUUUGCCUGCACGUAAAGUUCUACGGCAUGUCUGCGUGAUCCCAAUCUGUCGGAUUCCCCACUAUAUAGUUCGUACGGAGGCGGAACUUACCACUUCUGAAUCCCAAAAGAUUGCCCAUGUUUUGGCACGUAGACAGCACGUAUUUACACGUACAGCGGGUUGUGCCCUUAGCUUAAGGACCAAACAUUUUAAUGGGGACGGGGCACAAUUCUCUGCAUAGAAGCAAUAAGAAGAGCAAACUCGAGCUAGAAUAGAAUGAAUACCAGGCCAUCAGACUACUGGAUUGUUUAGCAAUUGAUAUUGUCUGUACAUACAUGUAGCUGCCUUCUAUGUUAGUAACGUUAUAUAAACUAAAAUAGUACAUGUAAACAUGUGGUAAUAACAAAUACUUGUAUCAAGUAAUACCUGUGAUAGGACGUCAAAAUAACUACAGUACAGGAAACUUCUCACAAGUUGACUUCCAUAUGAACGAUGACAUCCUAUGUCCAACAAAGAAAAUAUGCUGAAUGCUGUUUGACUUCUUUUCUUGUUACAAUACUCAUGUACAUAUACAAGAGUACAUGAGUUUUUUUUAUUUAAAGUUAGUUACAACUUCCUAUUCCAAAAAGGGGUCUCUUUUAUUUUUACUUGUAUGUGCCAGUAGAGUUUGUAUUGAUAGUUUAUGUAAAUUCUUUAUAAAUUUCAAUAAAGGACCAUAUAUGAUGCCA